AUGAGUUUUCUUUGUUUGUCUGCAUUUGAUCGUUGGGCAUGUACAUCUCAAUCGACUCGAAUACGUCAAUUGAGUUCGAUUCGCGUAGCUCGUCGUGUCUUUCCUAUUCCAUUUAUUCUUUGGUCAUUUGUUAAUGUUCCUCUUCUGGUGUAUUCUGAUCUUGUACCAACAACACUUGCAUGUUGGUUCACGAAUGAUCUCUUUAUGCGAAUAGGAAUUCUUUUUUUGUCUCCAAUUCUAACUGUUCUUCUUCCUUUGAUUGUUCUUAUACUGUUUGGACUGUUGACAUAUCGUAACAUUCAUUGUGUAACCCAUGUUCGUCAACAACCAAAUCAAAAUCGUCUAUCAAACUGGGAACAACAAAUGAAAAGAAUGAUGUUAAUUCAAACUCUUCUAAGUAUCUUUUGCACACUUCCUCGAGCUAUUUUCGUCGUUUAUACGAUCUUUACAAUCGAUGAGAGUGUAACAAGAAGCUUUGAUCAAUUGUACAUUAUACUUCUCGUCGAUAGCAUCACUGUCUCUAUUAUUUCUGUGAAUUUUGCUUCAUCUUUUUACAUAUUCCUUCUUUCAUCAUUACGUUUACGACAAAUGAUUCGAAUGUAUUUGAAACGUCUAUUUAAUCUGCGACAUAAUCGAGUAGGUCCAACAAAUAUAUUACUCACAGCACCAGCACUUACUGCUCGUCAAACUACAAGAGUCAUUGGUCAAUCGAUGGUUGAAAAUGAACGAUUUUGA